AUUUAGCAGCUGAUAGCAAAAAGGCAGAAUUAGUAGAAUUAUUAGUUGUAGUAAAAGUAGUUAAUGUACAUCUUUAUCAAUGGUUAACCGGAAUCAGUUAUCCAACUAUAUCCACCACCUGA